UAUCAAAAAAUAAAAAACAAUAAAGAUAACAAAAACAAAUCCUUAUAUUCAGUUUGUCUGAUAAAUUAAUUACUAUCUCAUCAAUAGAAACAGACACAAUCAUCACCCAAAAAACCUGGAAAAAUUUCUGUUUCAUCAAAACCAAAUUUUUUUGUUUUUCUAAAUUUUCCAAUGCAGAGAUCAGGUUACGGUUCCGAUGGAAUAUACCGCUCUCUAAGACCUUCCCUUACCUUACCAAAAAACCCGAACCUCUCUCUCGUCACACACCUUUUCAACAACGUUGCUUCUUCCCUAUCCAAAACCGCUCUAAUAGAUGCUGAUUCUAAUCAAUCACUUACCUUCGCUCAAUUAAAAUCCCUCACAAUUAAACUCUCACACGCUCUUAUCCACAUCGGUGUAAAAAAAACCGAUGUCGUUCUCUUCCUCGCUCCCAAUAGUUACCUCUACCCCGUUCUCUUCCUCGCCGUCACUUCCAUCGGCGCAAUCGCUUCCACCGUCAACCCCGCCUACACCACCGCCGAAGUCUCCAAACAAGCUAAAGAUUCAAAUCCUAAAAUCAUCGUCACCGUCGCUGAGUUAUGGGAGAAAGUCAAACACCUCCACCUCCCCGCCGUAUUUCUCAAUUCCGACGCUGGGGCGGUUAUACCGCCGAUAUCGAACGUCACGAGUUUCAAAUCGUUCGUCAAACUCGGGGAAUCCGGUACAGAGUUUCCGAAAGUUGACGUGAAACAAAGCGAUACGGCGGCGCUUUUGUAUUCCUCUGGGACAACUGGUUUGAGCAAAGGCGUGAUUCUGACUCACGGGAAUUUCAUUGCUUCCGCGUUGAUGAUUACAAUGGAUGAUGAACUGAAUGGGGAAAUAAACGAUGUGUAUCUCGUUGUUCUUCCAAUGUUUCAUGUUUUUGGACUUGCGGUUAUUACUUGCUCGCAGCUUCAGAGAGGUAACGCUGUGGUUUCGUUGAAGAAGUUUGAGUUUGAAGUUGUUUUGAAAACGAUUGAGAAGUUUAGGGUUACGAAGUUAUGGGUUGUGCCUCCUAUCAUACUUGCUCUUGCUAAGCAUAGUUUGGUUGAUAAGUAUGAUCUUUCUUCUUUGAAGUAUGUUGGUUCUGGUGCUGCUCCUCUUGGGAAAGAGUUGAUGCAAGACUGCGCGAAGCGAUUCCCUCGCGCGAUUAUUUCUCAGGGCUAUGGUAUGACUGAAACUACUGGGAUUGUUUCUGUGGAGAAUACAAGGAUGGGGAUUAGGCACACUGGUUCAACUGGAAUGCUUGUUGCUGGAGUGGAAGCUCAAAUUGUCAGUGUGGAUACAUUGAAGCCACUCCCUCCUGGACAGCUUGGGGAGAUAUGGGUACGGGGUCCGAAUAUGAUGCGAGGUUAUCAUAACAAUCCACAGGCCACAAGAUUGACUAUAGAUCAAAAAGGGUGGGUUCAUACAGGAGAUCUUGGAUAUUUUGAUGAGGAUGGCCAUCUUUUUGUCGUUGAUCGCCUCAAAGAGCUGAUCAAGUAUAAAGGUUUCCAGGUCGCACCAGCAGAACUUGAAGGGCUUCUUAUCUCUCAUCCAGAAAUACUUGAUGCUGUCGUCAUUCCAUAUCCUGACGCCGAAGCUGGUGAGGUUCCGGUUGCCUAUGUUGUGCGAUCACCGAAUAGUUCUUUGACAGAGGAAGAUAUUAAAAAAUUUAUUGCUAAUCAGGUAGCACCUUUCAAAAGAUUGCGAAGGGUUACAUUCAUCAACACUGUUCCGAAAACAGCAUCAGGAAAAAUUCUAAGAAGAGAGCUUAUUGACAAAGCACGAUCCAAAAUAUAAGUUCAUAGUUUUUUUUCUUCCUGUUGUUUAAUCAUUUAAAAAUGUUGGCAAACUUUACCAAUUUAAUUCUGAAACAUUGAGAGGUCCACGUAUCCACUUUAUUAUAUUAUUAGUAAUAGAUGCUUGUCACCACAUCAAGUUUCAUGUA